GCGCGGCGGGCCGGCAUGGCGGCGGCGGCGGCGGCGGCCGUGCUGGGCCGGGCCGCGGGCCUGGGCCUGCUGGCGGCCGCGGGCGGGCGGCGGCUCCUGCGCGGCGGGGCGGGGGCGGCGCUGCGGGAGCGGGGCGCGGGAAGCCUGCUCGGCGGGGCCGCAGCGUGCAGGGCCGGCGGCGGGGUGGAGCAGUGCCCGUCUCGGGGGAUCAGCUCGGAUCAGCGCCCGAAGCGGCCCCUCACCGCAUACCUUCGUUUUGUGAUGGACAACCGGCCGGCUUUCAAGGAAAGAAACCCAGGAGUGAGCAACCUGGAACUGAUUAAAAAAUUAGCAGGAGCAUGGAAGGAGUUACCAGCAUCACAGAAGCAGGUUUAUGAAGAAGCAAAAAAGACAGACUGGAAAAGAUAUGGAGAGCAAAUGGCUGCUUUUAAAGCCCAACUGACUCCAGCCCAGGCUGCAGCUUUGAAAGAGGAAAGGAGAAAACAAAUGGCAAAGAGAAGAUCAAUCAGGGCAAAACGAGAAUUGAAUCUGCUUGGAAAACCUAAAAGAGCUCGUACUGCCUUCAACAUUUUCCUGGCAGAAAAUUACCAAGAAAGUGAGGGAAUUUCACCUGUGGCAAAGAUGAAGAAACUAUUUGACUCGUGGCAAAAACUGUCUGCCUCCCAAAAGCAGCCAUACCUGCAGCUGGCUCAGGAUGACAAGGUUCGCUAUGAGAAUGAAAUGAAAUCAUGGGAAGCAAAAAUGCUGGAGCUGGGCCGUGAAGACCUGGUGCGCUCCACAACGCAAAGGCUAAAAAAGAAACCUGCUGAAACUGCACACCAAGCUGCAGCAGCCAAAGCUUCCUCAGGGAGAAACAAGGCAAAAUUAAAAAAGGCUGAAGAAUAAAACACCCCCUUGGGUUGUCCUGUUUCUGUCCUGCUGUGCUGAUGCUGCAGUCAGCAUUAGCACUGGAAUUUGGAAAGCCCAGGAAGGGCCCUUUGGAAAGGUGAGCAGGUGAGAGGAGUGACUGUCCCUCAGAAAUGACUGAAAUAAUCACUGCAGGUGUAGCCUCAACUGUAGAGCAGUAGCCUGUUAAACAAGCUGUGAAUACUGACAUCAGCAGAGCUCGCCAGUAAUGGUAGAUAAUAUCCAGCUUUUAUAAGCAAUUUUUAAUGAAGAAAUAAAAAAAGAUUUUCUUUAUGAAAAAAUAUUCUGCAAUGUUACAUGUUACCAUCUAAAUUAUGUAAAUAAGAGCUGAAAUCUGAGUUAACACUGCUGUGUUUUAUUCCCUCCAUCUUAUUGCUAGUGAGAUGUUCUACAUUUCAUCAACAGGCACAAGAAAUGUAAAAUGCUAGGUUUUAUGCAUCUUUUUGUACCUGUUCAUCUGUGUAUGCCACUACAUUGCAUUUAAAGACCAUAUGAGUUUUGUAUGAACAUACCUUAAUUGGACUUUUAUUUCGUGGUUUUGUUUGGAUACAUACAAACAUUUUUGUCUUGCUGUUGGCACACUUGGGAUGGCCUAGAAGGAAAAGAAAAAAUGUGAACCGUUUGGACUUUGAGUUUUGGUGUAAUAAAUACCCAGAUUUUGAA